AUGUCUCGCGCGGUCCGGAUCGAGCUGCGGGACCUGAGCCUGGACGACCACAUAGACCUGACCGCGCCGCGGGUCCCCCGCUGGGGCCCCGGCAAACCACGGCAGGGCCAGGUGGUAAAGAUGGAGGGCGGCCGUGUCAUUUUGGGGGACCCCCUGCUGAGGGGCAGGCCAGGGGCGGGGCACCACUUCCGGCCCUGCAGCCACACCCAGAUGACCGGCUGCGACCUGUGUGGAGGCUUCAUCUGGGGCCUGUACAAGCAGAGUCUCCGCUGCACCUACUGCCGGUUCACUUGUCACUACCGGUGCAGAGCUUUCGUCCAAUCAGACUGCAUCCCUUAUACCGAUCAGUCAGAUUUUUACGAUGGCGUCGUGGAGAAAGACACCAAUGUGGAUGAGGAUGCUGACUGGGGAAAAAGUGAGCUAUCAGUCUCCGAGGCGGUGCAGAAGGUGAAGGAGUACAAUGUUCAGAUCAACGGCGACCUGCCCAUGGUGCUGAACAGAGACGGAUCCUACCGUGGCUUCAUAAAGGUCCACGUCAGGCUGGAUGGUUGGUCUGUCUCCCAGAACCCAAAGCAGCUGCACAUCAGCUCCUGCACAUGCGUGUGUGAAGUGAUCCAGGCGCUGCUGCCCCUGCUGGGCCAGGCCCAGGCCCCAAGGGUGGCCCUGUACGCACACACACGCUGCCUGGGCCACGAGCGCGUGUGGCGGCUGGGGCGGACGGAGAAUCCGCUGCUCCUGCGUCUGUGCGCGGGGCCCGGUGAGGACUCGCUCCGUCUGGAGCUGCAGGAACACCCGGCGCAGAUCAACUGGGACGCCUUCGCGUUGCCAGAGCUGGACAACUUCCUGCGCAUCCUGCGGUGUGAGGAGGAGCGGCGCGUGAGGCAGAUAGUGCAGCGCUACGGCCAGAGCAGACUCCGCCUGCAGGGGGCGCUAGAGUGCAGCGCGCCGGGCUGA